CAGAACCCAAGAAUUCAGCAUGAUGCAUCCAAGCCUUGCAGCUGCCUUCCUUUUCUUGCUGGGCUUGUCAUGCUGUUUGGCACUGCCUAUUCCCCAUGAAGACAGCGAUGAAUUCACAACGGAAGACCUUCAGUUUGCAGAGCGCUAUCUAAAGACACAUUACAACCUACGUUCCAAUCCUGCUGGCAUAAGGAAGAAGAAUGCCAACUCAGUGGCAGCCAAACUUCGAGAAAUGCAGUCUUUUUUUGGGCUGGAGGUGACUGGCAUAUUAGAUGAAGAAACAUAUGAGCUGAUGCAACAGCCAAGAUGUGGUGUCCCCGAUGUGGGGGAAUACAACUUUUUCCCUAGAAAACUAAAGUGGUCAAAAAAUAAUUUAACAUACAGAAUUGUGAAUUACACUAGAGAUCUGACACGUGCUGAAGUGGAUAGAGCAUUCAAAAAAGCAUUCAAGGUUUGGUCUGAAGUGACACCACUGAACUUUACUAGAAUUCGCAGUGGCACUGCUGAUAUCAUGAUUUCCUUUGGAACUAAAGAACAUGGUGACUUUUAUCCCUUUGAUGGACCUUCUGGAUUACUGGCUCAUGCUUUUCCUCCUGGACCAAAUUAUGGAGGAGAUGCCCAUUUUGACGAUGAUGAAACCUGGUCAACUGAUUCCAGAGGAUACAACUUGUUUCUUGUGGCUGCCCAUGAGUUUGGUCACUCUUUGGGACUUGAGCACUCCAGAGACUCGGGAGCUCUGAUGUUCCCUAUUUACACCUACACUGGCAACACUGGGUUCUUGCUUCCUGACGAUGAUGUGCAAGGGAUCCAAGCUCUCUAUGGUGCAGGAGACAGAGAUCCCAACCCCGAACACCCCAAAACUCCAGAGAAAUGUGAUGAAAAUUUGUCACUUGAUGCAAUAACAGAACUUCGAGGAGAAAUGAUGAUCUUCAAGGACAGGUUCUUCUGGCGCCUACAUCCUCAGAUGGUUGACGCAGAACUGGUGUUAAUUAAGUCAUUUUGGCCAGAACUUCCAAACAAGAUUGAUGCUGCCUAUGAAAACCCCAUGAAAGAUCAUGUGUUCAUAUUUAGGGGCAGGAAAUUCUGGGCUCUGAAUGGCUAUGACAUAGUUGAAGGGUACCCUAAAAAAAUAUAUGAAUUGGGAUUCCCCAGAGAGAUGAAAACAAUAGAUGGGGCUGUCCACAUUAAAGACACUGGCAAGACUCUCUUUUUUACUGGAGACAAGUACUGGAGCUAUGAUGAAGAAAACCAAGUUAUGGAAAAAGGCUACCCCAAACUGAUAGAGGAAGAAUUCCCAGGAAUUGGCAAUAGAGUGGAUGCAGUCUACCAAAAAAAUGGUUACAUCUACUUUUUCAACGGACCACUGCAGUUUCAAUAUAGCAUCUGGAGUAAAAGAAUUGUUCGUGUCUUGAAAACUAACUCCAUGUUCUGGUGCUAAUCGCUUUCUAUUUGGGUACCAUGCUGCAGGCUGUAGAACAGCCUAUAGCAAAUGGAAAUAUUAUUGUGGGAAUAGGGAUUUAUAGAGAAUGAUUCUGUGAACAAACUCUGUUUAUCUACCACCAAAGCUAUACUGUAUAUAUGGGAACUAUAUAGCUUAUGUCAGUCUGGAACUGAAUUAAUUUAAUAGGCGGAGAGAAGAAAAUGAUUAGCAUUUCAAGGGACAUUAGACCAUUUAAAAUCAAUGCAGAACUAACCCAGAUCCCCCUGCAAGAUGCUGAAUGCAUCCUGUGAGAUCGCAAGUACAAACAAUUCCAAUAAUUUGAGGGUGCUGAGCAUCUUGCAAGAGGUUCUUGGUACCUCUUAGGAACAGAGCAAUGGUGACUGCUGUUUAAGUAAUUAGGGCUAAUCCUGCAGUCUGUACCUUAGUAAAAAAUCCAUUAGAUCAUUUGGGGAUUUCAUGCAUGUAAAGAAUGGGUCAGGACAGCAGGACUGACACCAGGAGUGUGGAGACACCAGCUUAAGAUAUUGGAGCUAUAGAAUGUGGAAAUGUUUUCAUACUGGCAUGUCCCCAUGGAAACCACUGACCAUGGCAUCUUUACAAGAAACCAGAGUGAGGAUGGUGAAACAGCAAUGUGCCUAAACUAGGCUCAGAGGAAACCAUUAGCCUGAAUACACUGUAUAAACCAGGAAGAGAUGGGAAACACCAAGAGUUAUGAGAUACUCAGGGAAGGCGGCUGCAAUCUAGCACUAAUAUAGAUCAAUUGAGAGCACACCAGGCCUGAUCCACCCUUGCUGUAAACUGAUGCAGCUCCACGGAUGUUCACUGGAGUUAUGCUGACUUACAACAGUUAGAAUCUGUCAAUCCACUUCAAAAUAAUGUUAAAAUUAUGCCGUUUGGUGUUUUAAGUCAAAGUUUUUCACCCAUUUGAUAUUUAUUUCAGUUGUUCCAGUGCUUUAUGAGUCCACUGUUUUUUCAGUCAACUCAAACAAUGCAUGACUAUGAUUACUUUUCAACUUUAAAAGGUAUUAAAUAAACUGAAUGAAUUAAAGUGAAUUUUGAGUCUUAUUCAUUAAUAUGGACUAGUGCAUGCCAAAAAGGCAAAAGAGAACUACAGUAGAACCUCGGUGUUAUGAACACCGGUUAUGAACUGACCAGUCAAACACACA